GAAUCCAAUUUUUUUGGUUUCAGUCACACACAGUGAGUGGUGAACUGUGUUUUUUUUUUUUUUUUUGUGUAUAUGAAGAGUUGCCGGCCGGAGAGAAUUCCGGCAAGACAAUCUGGGAAAGCACGGCGAGUUGUUGUUGGACGGGAUUUUCGACUGCUUCCAUGAAAUCACAACGGCGUUGGCUUUCGCUAGGAUGAACGAUUCGGCUUAUCGGGUGGAUACGACUUCACGCCUUGCUCAAUGGCGAAUCGACAACUUGGCGGCUUUUACGUACCGGAAAUCGAAUCCGUUUCGGAUCGGGAAAUGGAAUUGGCAUUUAGCUGUGGAGAAGAAUCGAACCUUAUUGAUUAAGCUGUAUCCAGAGAUAUCAAAUUUAACUCAAGACGGCCCUCCGAUUGUUUCCUUCAUCAUUCGACUCGUCUCGUUAUCCGAAGGUCGCAAGGUUUUGGUUCAUCCCGAAAUUAGGGAUAAACAGCUAAAAAGUAGCGAUGAUUUUGUUUGGGCACUCGAGGUUCCAUUCACAGGGAAGUUCAUCAUCGAUGUUGAAUUUCUUGACCUGAAGACCGCAUCUCCCCAAGGCGGUGAAUCGUGCUCCAUCUGGGCGGAAGGGGUGGCGCAAAAGGAAUCAUAUGCAACCGCCCUUACCUCUCUUGGUCGAAUGCUAUCAGAAAGCAUUCACACAGAUAUCAUCAUCAAUGCUGCCGAUGGAAGCAUUGGGGCCCACCGUGCAGUCCUUGCUGCACGGUCCCCAGUCUUUUAUAGCAUGUUCUCUCAUGACUUGAAAGAAAAAGAGCUCUCCACCAUUAACAUUCCUGAUAUGUCCAUUGAAGCUUGCCAAGCUUUUCUCAGCUCAUUAUACGGUAACAUAGGGAACAAAGAUUUUCUCACUUACAGGCUCGAUCUUCUUAGAGCGGCUGAUAAGUACGAAGUUUUGGACCUAAAAGAGGCGUGUCACGAUAGUCUUUUGGAAGAUAUCAACACAAAGAACGUGUUGGUGAGGCUCCAAAACGCUAAAUUAUACAGUCUACAAAGGCUGAAGAUUUGUUGCAUGCAUUAUCUCGUUAAGUUCGGUAAGAUAUACGAGAUUCAAGAAGAAUUCAGUACAUUUAUACAAUCGGGAGACAGAGAACUGAUAUGGGAAGUCUUUAAUGAAGUUCUUUCCAUAUGGAAAGGUUUCUGAGAUGCUAUUUUGCUAUGUCUAAUGAUUCGCCAUUUCUGGUGUACUAUAAGAUCCGAUCUUUCUGGU